AUGGAUUUAAAUAGUGAAGAAAAUAGUGAGACUGAACCGUGUUCAGAGCUACUGGAUAUGAUUGUCGAGGAUGCCAGUGAUGGAGAUUCAAGUGACGAGGAUGAUGGUGAUAACCAAGAAGAUUACGAAGCUGCUGACAAUGAAGAUAAUGAAGCCGUGCUGAUUAUUGGAGUUUGUGGCGCGACCAGGCGAGCAGAAAUCUGUGGGUUAACUAUUGACAAUGUUAUUGACACUGGUAGUAAGUUCGUUGUGACGAUACAACACGUUGUAAAAAAAAUUCCCGUUCGCAGAUUUUCAAUAGAAGACGACUUUUACACCCUUGUUAAAAAAUAUGUUUCUCUGAGACCGGUCCCGAAGUCACCAGGCCAAAAAAUGAGCAAUAGAUUUUUUUUAAACUACCAGAAAUCAAAGUGCACACGACAGGCUAUUGGGAUAAACAAAAUUGGGGGAACUCCUAAACGAAUUGCUCAGUUUUUAAAACUGUCUGACGCUAAUGAAUACACGGGUCAUUGCUUCCGCAGGACUACGGAAAAACUUCUCAAGGACGUUAACGUAGACAUGAGAUCUCUUAGCAGAUACGGCGAGUGGAAAUCUUGUCACGUUAGCCUAGACGACAUGAACAAAAUUUUCAGCUGGAUAACGUCGGAAAUUAAAUUAAAACUCCUUCCUGUUUCUCCGAAACCGGUGAAAAAAUUUAGCAAGCCGAAACCAAAAGCUGUUGAUCAACCAACGGCUGACCAGUCAAAUACUGAAAAAUCUGUCGUUGAUGAGCCAAUAAAUAAAUCUACUUCUAUUAUUGACAAACUGGUCGCUGAUGAACCAAUUAUGGACGAACCGGUUGCUAAUCAGCCAGUAAGUCACCCAAUAGUUGAUCAACCGGUCAUAGAACAACCAAUUGUUAAUGAACCAAUAAUCGAUCAACCUCCUAUCGUAGAACCAAUCACUGAUCUAUCUUCAAUUGAUGAACCAAUGACUGAUGAUCCAAUUAUUAUUCAAUCAAUCGAAGCAUCUACUUCAAAAAUCAUUCCACAAAAAGUUCCUACGCAAUUUUCAAAAAUAAAAACAAAGAGAAUUCACUAUCAUACAUACAAGUACUCGGUCGUAGAAAUCGAUAGAAGAAGGCUUGAAAUUGUAGCUCGAGGGUGGACUCCUUUGGAAGGAACCCAAACCGUUACAAGUCUCGGAGGAUUUAAUGAUUAUCAAAGCGCGGCUGAUUGGGCGGAAAUUCUUGACAGAAGAAAAACUCUUGAUAAACAAAAUUGGGAAUUUCUGCAAAGGCAUCUUGAAAACGCCGCGGUCGAUAUGGAUGACAUAGAAGAAGAGUUAGAAGUCAAGGAAGAAAUGACUGAAAAAGAAGAAGAAGAAGAAGAAGAAGAAGAAGAAGAAGAAAUGUGUCUUUAG